AUGACCAUGGAGGACUUCCAGGAUUGCAUAAUGUACUGUUCAAAUGAAUAUGGAAAGUGCUUGAAGGCAACUGAUGGUAUGUGGAGGGACUACAUGCAUAACAGAGUCAAAAUUGCCCAAAUUGUUCGCCGAUGCUGCCUGAAAAACGAAAAGCGCCCUAAUGCGAAAGAAGAGGACAGUUUUGCCGCCUGCUCGAAGAUCCGGUGCGGUGCACACCUCUACGGGUAG